AUGACAGUAAGGCACGACAUGGAUUUCUACACACACAAUAGUGUAAAGUCAAUAAUAGACACCGCUUUACAUACAAGCUCUCCAUCAGUCACAGACAUACUCUCAAUUCAUGACGUUUACAUCAAGUACUUCUUACUUACAAACAUCCCUCUUGAGCCAGUUCAAGGAUCCAAAGAAAUUCUAGAUCAGCUUAAAAGCUUUUUCAAACAGUACAAUCGCUCACAAACAAUAUUUCAUAUCGAAUUCAGUAUUGCAAUGGCUGACUUUGUCAAAAGAUCAAUAAUUCCUGGUGAUAUCGAAGACUUUGUAUGCUGCAUGUCCGAGCUCAAUUUAUCUUCUAUAGAUCUUGAGUAUUAUAGAAAACACUUUGGAUACAGUCAGACAUAUAACCUGUAUAAAUCAAUCAUAAAGCGAAUAUUCAGCUGCAGAUUCAGUCACAAAGAAAUUGGGCUUACAAUGCUGCUUCUUGAUAAUCAAUCAAUGUGCUUCAAACGCCUACUGCCUAUAUUUAAGAGACUGACUGUUUAUGCAACAGACAACAUCAUCGAUAAGAAUCUUGUAGCAUGUUGCAUUGCACUUAAGGCAGUUAUUGUUUAUAUUCCACAAUCAGUAUCACAGAAACACACAUACAUCAUAUCUCUCCUGACAUAUCUCUCAGGAAUUGUCACCAAUUGCAUGAGCUUUGCAUUCAUAAACGAACAUGAUGCCGAUGAAGUGCUUUCAACGAUCCAUUUGCUUGCUGGGCUUGAUAUGGAUAAAGAAUCAAAGCUGGUGCUCAAGGGAAUGUUGAAAACCAUCGUAUUUGGUCUGAAUGUAUUCGCUACAAAAAUGCCAAAUACCUAUGAAGAAGUUUUUGCUGCAAUAUGUGCACUUGAGAUAUUGCCAGCGAUUCAUCAUGCUAUCGGACAGACUGCUGAGUUUUCAUAUGCAUAUCCCAUCCUCCAUGAUAUCAGCGUUCCACAGAUGAACUAUUUGGCAAUGCAUGAACUGAGCCACAUAAAAGAUAGGUUUCUUUGUGCAAAGUAUAAAAGCAUGCAAACACUUUAUGCAUGUAAGACAAUAGGAGACGAUUUUGAGCUUGAUAGGGUUGUGUUCUAUAACGAUAUAGUUAAUGCCAGACAUCCUUCAAAGAUAUUUGAGGUUCUUGGCCAUUUGAAGGCUCAGAUGCAUUGGGACGACUUGAUUGUGUUUGCCUGCCAUCCUGGAAAUCAGCACGAGUGCCUACCACUUGUGUUUGACAAUACAUUCUUUGCGAAUGUCGAGCAUAUAUCUUACAUAUCCUUGUUUAUAGGAUCGAUUAAGGCAUUUCCUGAGUUACUGUUGGCAUCAGGAUAUCUGUUUAUGAAAUCAUUUGAACAGAUACAUACAGAAAGAAAGUGGAGUGUCCUUCGAGAUUUGUUUCUGAUGGAUACUAAAAGCAACGACCAGCGCCUUGUAAGACUUAGAUGUAUGAUAUCAGACUAUGUAUGCGCUGAAUGUAAUGAAGGAAUGCGUUUGUUUGUAGAAUUUCUGAUGAUGAAGCUCAAUGAUGGGUUUGUAUGUUUUGAUCCAAGCAUCCUGUCAUUUCUGCAUGUUAUUCUUAUGAAAGAUGCACAAAUAUCUGAUGAGUUACUGAGGAUGAUUGGCGUAUACCUGAUCGGAUGUGUUGUUGCAGAGCAAGGUGUACACAAGAACUUCCAUGAAUUAGAAGCAGUGUAUGUGUCUUUGGCAUUAAGAGCCAUGAUUCUUGGAAAGUGCGGCACUUUUGAAGAGUUAUCGGCAUAUAUUGAGAAUAAAUACUAUACACUGUUGCUAUCUGCAAUAUACAAGCAUAAGGAAACAGUACCUGAGAAACAUAUUGAUGAGAUGAAGAAUGGAAUUCUGGAAUUUGUGUUUGAAGCAAAUGAUGAGCAAAGAGCAGAACUGAAAGUAGCAUUAAGAGGAACUGAAUCGAGAUUUUUAUCGAAGUAUAACGAGAUCUAUAGAACUGAAGAAAGAGAUGUACAGAAGCAUACGGUUGGAAGUGUAUAA